AUGCCAAGUUGGAAAAUUGUGUUGAUGGGAGCUGUUGAAGGUUGCAGAAUUAUUGAGAAACAAUGCUCCGUCUUGAGCGCUCCGUCUACGCCCAGGCGUUUGGGUGAUUUUUCUCUCAGUGGUCCUUCCAGCCCCUCCAGAAUCGCUGACUUUUAUCGUAUUUUUGACGAGUUUGAAGAUAGUAACAGCGGCAGAUUUGCUUUUAAUUUGGAGGAAAGACCUGGUACGCAUAGAUCUCCGUCGCCGAAAGGGAAUGAAUUCGCUUUUGAUUUCAGGUCUGAGUUAGGAGAAGCUUCUCUUUCUGCUGAAGAUCUUUUCGACGGAGAUAAAAUCAAGCCGCUGAUGCCUCCUCCAAUACUACAGUACGAAGACAAGAGUCCUCUUUUGUCGCCAAGAUCGCCGCUAGCUCAAUGGAAAAAGAUGUUUCAUGAGGCUUUCUCGCCGAGGAAGAAGAAAGAUUAUUCAGAUCCAUUUGCUACAGCUGCUGAAAAUACUCGAAAUCAAAGAGGUAUAGAUAGAAGUCCGGCGAGUUUAAUAUCUAGUGCGAGCCGCCGGCGAGCUGCGAGAUCGUUGUCUCCGUAUAGAGUAUCUGAAUAUCCAUGGAAAGAAGAGGAAAUAAAGUCACAAGACAACGCCAAAGAACACUCUACCACUGCUCAGAAUUUGAAAUUGGUGUGGAGAGGGUGAGAUUGAAAAGAUGGAAAAAGUAGGUUGAUUGUAAUUGGAACGACACAUGUAAGGUAGAGAUGCUUCUCGUACAACAUGUAA